AUGUCAUCGUACCCCUCGACGCUGAGCAAGCCGCCUCCACCGCUGCCGGAAAAGGUUGUCCUGCUAUUCCCGCAGCCGUCGGUGCUGGUGGUGGUGCUCAACAACCCGCGCGGGCUCAACUGCCUGUCGAUCGCGGUGCACUGGGCCCUGCACCACCUGCUGGAGUGGUACGACGGCGAAGGGUCGCUGCGGUGCUGCGUCGUGACGGGCCAGGGGCGGGCGUUCUGCGCGGGCGCCGACCUCAAGGAGUGGAACGACUCGAACGCGCGGCGCGCCGAGGGCCGUCAGGGCGGCGAGCGCGUACUGCCCAACAGCGGGUUCGGGGCCGUGAGCCGCCGCGCAGGCAAGAAGCCCGUCAUCGGUGCGGUCAACGGCCUCGCCUUUGGCGGCGGCAUGGAGAUGGUCGCCAACAUGGACUUGGUCGUCGCGGCCAAAUCUGCCACGUUUGCCCUCCCCGAGGUCAAGCGCGGGGUUGUCGCACUCGGCGGCGCCCUGCCUAGACUCGUGAGGACCGUCGGUAGGCCGAGGGCCAUGGAGAUGGCCCUGACCGGACGCACCGUCUCGGCCGCCGAGGCGAGGGAAUGGGGCAUCGUCAAUGCCGUGACCGACGACGCCCCCGUCGACGCCGACAUCCUCGACAGGCCGGUCGUCAAGAAGGCUCUGGAAUAUGCCACCGAGAUCUGCAACAACAGCCCCGACAGCGUCAUCAUCACCCGCGCGGGUAUUGUCCAAGGUUGGGACGAUGGGAGCGCCGAACAUGCCACCCAGACCACCAUCGACAUUUAUUCGACCAGACUUCACGAGGGAGAGAACAUCCACGAGGGCGUCCGGGCAUUUGUAGAGAAGCGGGCUCCAAGAUGGGUCCCAAGCAAAUUGUAG